AUGUCUAAUCGAAAAUCGACUAAAAAAGACACGGGUGGAUUAGAAGAAUCUGGUGCAUUCAGUAACGACGCCUUCGUUAAGGACGAGGGCCCACCAGUAGGCAACAGUGAACGAGAAAUAGAAAAAUAUCGACGCUCGACCAUCAAAAAGACAAUCAGUGCUAACCGUUUUUUUAAUAAACCCAUCGAGGAUGAAAACGAGGACGAUGGCGUUGUGGAAGAUCAGAGUAGACGCUUGAGCAUGGAUAAAAAGAAAAGGAAAGCUUACCAUCGGCAGCAUUGCGCAAAACGAAAAUUCAGAGAUUCCCAAAACCACAACGCUGCACCAACAAAGAAAAAACAAUCGUCAAAGAAAAGAAUGCCAAGGGACGAAUAUGGCCACCGAUUGGAGCGAGCGUUCAGUAUUUCCAGCGAAUCAAAUACCAGUCAUACCGAGUUGCAAGGAAUUGAUCACCACGAGAAUUUCUCUUCCAUGCCUUGGUACAGCGGUUGCUCAAUUUGGCUGCAGCAAAUGUUGGCAGCGGCCGUUGAGGACUUGAUCAACACCAAAGAGGCCUUCGUCAUUCGCAUGUGUAAAUCUUUUCUUGACGAUUCAGCCGACCAACCAGCUUGGGACACUUUGCCCAGUGAUUGUCAUAGUAUUGGUGUUUUGGUCUCUGCUCUCAAAGGAAAUAUUGACAUGUUGAAAUAUUUCCUUGGACUUGGAGGUGAUGCCAAUGCCAUCGAUUUGCUGAACAGGACGGCCCUACAUUACGCGGCCAGUUCUUCUAGUUCAAACGCCCCCCAAUGCAUUGAAAUAUUAAUCGAACACGGUGCAGCCGUUGACGUGUGGGAUCGAAACGAAGAAGCGACUCCGCUCAUUUGCGCCGCCGCUUCAGGUCGUAUCGAAUUGGUCGAAGUCCUUUUAAAUGCCGGAGCAGAAGUCAAUGCAGGGCUUUCCGAUCCCAAACAUUUGGACGGUAGUAGUCCUUUAUUAUGGGCCAUAAGAGCUCGUUCGAUAGUUUGCGCUACGCGUCUAAUCAAGGCCGGUGCUGCUGUCAACAGUUUGCAAGUUUACACCGAGUCGCCGAUUCAUGUGGCGGCUGUCCAAGGCGACGUUCAAUGUAUGCAAUUGCUGUUGGAAAAUCAAGCAGACAUCCGUGUGGUCUUCGGAGCCGAGAGGAGGAAUGCUCUUCACUUGGCAUCUUUCGAAGGCAACGUGGAAUGCAUUCGAUUGCUUUUACAGACCAGCAAAGCGCAAAUCAACACCAAGGAUGCCCUAGGUCGGACACCUUUACAUUUGGCGGCCCUUUCUCAAUCAGUGGACUCGGUUAAAGAACUCUUGGAAAACGGAGCGGAAAUUGACAAUUGCGAUGAAAUGAAGGAGACGCCACUUCACGGGGCUGUAGUCAAAUGUCGUCAGUCGACCGAGGUCGUCAAGUUGUUAAUUUCCAAGGGAGCUAAUGUCAAUGCAAAGGAUCAGUUUGGACAAACGCCACUUCACAUAGCGGCGUUUAAUGAAAAUUCAAAAUUGGCUAUCCUUUUGAUCCAUUCGGGAGCCGAUCUGUCAAUUAAGAAUCGAGCAAAAAUUUCGGCUUUGGCCUCAGUCGUCCGACGAGUACCCGACGCCUUGACAGCCAUUUCACGCAAAUUAGAUUCAGCUAUUGACGUUGUCGACAACGAGCCAGCCGAUCCUGAUUGUCAAUUGAAGUUGGAUUUAAGAGUUUUAGUACCAGGGGGCAACCAGCAAAAUGUUGGAGAAAUGGGUUUCCUGACGUCGUUGGUGGCGGCCGAACAACGACACAUUCUUCAGCAUCCAAUUAUUGGGGCUUUUCUUCACUUGAAGUGGAUGAAAAUUCGCACCACUUUUGUAGUCUCGCUAAUCUUUCAACUUUUAUACGUUCUCGCCCUGACAUCCAACAUUUACUCCAUUUAUGUUGUUAAAAUGAACACGAGAGUAAACGAUACGCAAACAACGAACAAUACGACGAACAACUCGACGUCAUUCACUGAUUGGCCAAUGGAGUUGGAUACCACAUUGUGGUAUUUGACAGUCUUAUUGGGGGCGGCGACAGGUGUCAAGGAAUUUUUCCAACUUUACUGCAAUGCGCACGAAUAUGCGAGGGAUAUAGAGAACUAUUUCCAACUCAUUUCCAUCUUUGGAAUGAUCCUUAUCCUUUCCCCUCACCCAAUGCACACAGGUGAGCCCGAUAAUGGUGAUUGGCAACAUCACGUUGCCGCCAUCGUUAUUAUCGUGGCAUGGAUUAAUCUCAUGUUGCACGUCGGUCGAUUUCCUGUGUUUGGUCUGUACGUGCAAAUGUUUACGACUGUCGCGUGGAACAUUGGCAAACUGUUGGUGGCUUAUAUGAGUCUCAUCGUGGGAUUUUCUCUAGGAUUCGCAGUUCUCUUUCCUUCGGAAAGUGUCUAUAACAACAUGCCCUACGCACUUUUGACGACGAUCGUCAUGAUGACGGGCGAAAUGAAUUACGCCGACAUGUAUACCGAGGGAAAAAUCAAAUAUCCCGGAACAACCCAUUUCGUCUUCCUGGUUUUUCUUCUUUUCGUCGUCAUCGUUCUGAUGAAUUUACUCGUCGGUUUGGCCGUCUCCGAUAUUCAAGGCUUGCAGAAAUCGGCUGGUCUGGAUCGCCUCGUUCGAUUAACAAAACAAAUUGCUCGCAUGGAAAGUUUCGUUUUCUUUCCUUGGCCCAUCCAUUUUUCCAGUAUCUGGUCAAAGGUUCCAAGACGUGAAUUCAUACGGCGAAAUGUCCUGGUCGUCUCACCCAAAACCAGAAAAAAUUACAACUUCCGACCCAACGAUCCGCGUGAUAAAAGCUUCCCACCCGAAAUCAAAGAAAGCCUGUUGAAAAUAAUUGCUGUAAGGAUAGCGAACAAGAAGAAAGGCGCACAACAAAAGUCGUCCCACGUACCAAUCAUUCGAACUGCAACGAUACCUUUGGAUUCAAAUAACGGAGAGCUCUUUACGGAAGUGAUGAACAGAGUUGACGAACUCUUCCAUAAUUACAUGACACAAAUCGUUACGAUAAAUUCGACGAUAGAAGAUCAACUCGCGCAGCUGACGGCCAAAUACAACUACCCAUCGACUCGAUCACGACAGACAAGGCAUUCUUGUGAUUGUUCCAUGAUUAACGAAGAAUCCUUCAGUGUUCCUGGAAUGAGCUCACUGGCUUGAUGAUCCACCCACCCAUUUUUAAAAUCAGUAUAUAACCUUUUGCUCAAUAACAUAUUCAAUGGUCAAUUCAUUUCCAUGAAUUUCCACACUCGAGUCGAUAACUAACACUAAUUAUUUAAAAAAAAAUUAUAAUUACCAAAUAUCCGGGAAAUGUGGUAUGGAUCCAGCUUUUGUAGAAGUGAUAUUAUGUCUGAGCUUGUACAACUUGUAGCAUAGCGUUUUGUUUGCUCCGUUUGGAGGACAUCUACGAGAUAAAAUAAAAAUGGUUACCG